CGGGGGCCGGACCGCUGGGGGCGGGGCGGGGCGCCACCAGCCAAUCACCGUGGUGUUGUUGAAACUGAAAAUACUACAUUAUGCUAAUCGCAGCGGGGCCCGCGCGCGCGGGGGUGGAGCCCGCGCGUAUAAAGGGGCGCAGGCGGCGGGGCGUUCCACAGGCUCAGUGCUCUGUGCUCGAGGGGUGCCGGCUAGGCCCGAUCGAGAGAGCAAGCAGGCAGGCAGGCAGCUCCGAGGGGGCGCGGCUGCGGCCAGACAGAACCAGCGAACAGGACACGGGAGCAGUCCACCACCCGACAGCCAGCACCUCAGCGAUGGAGCGCCUGGUCAACGGUGAAAACCUCCCUGUGGUGGCACGCUCGCGUGUCUGCCGUAACCUCUUCGGGCCCGUGGACCACGAGGAGCUGGGCCGCGAGCUGCAGAUGCGCCUGGCCGAGAUAGCUGCCGAGGACCAGAACCGCUGGGACUUCGACUUCCAGCGCGACGUGCCGAUCCGGGGACCCGGGCGCCUGCAGUGGACCGAGGUGGCCAGCGAGUCCGUGCCCGCCUUCUAUCGCGAGACGGUGCAGGUGGGACGCUGUCGCCUGGUGCUGGCGUCCCGGCCACCCCCGGUGGUCGUGGCUGUCAUCCCACGCCCCCUCCCGCGGGCUGCUGAGUCCCUCGACGGCCCAGACCAGGAGCAGGGGCAGAUGCCGCCGCCCCGCGUCCCGGCCCCGGUGCCCGCUCCGCCCCCGGCCCCUGUCGCGGUCCGAGCGCUGGCUCCUGUCGCGGCUCCGCCGCGGGCCCGAGUUCUGGCCCCGGCGCUGGCACGGGCU